CGACCAGUGGAAUAGGUAGACUCGCCAGAGAGUACGUUGUCUUAAUUUACGCCUAGUUGUAUACUUUGCUAAAUCGUCUGACAGCCAUCGAACAAAACCGACAGCCUGUCACGAUCGUCCCGCCCACGUGACACGUGCAUCACUGUAUCCAACCGGUUCAGGCCGGGAAACGCGGAAAAGGAGAGACUCAUUUUCAGCGGAGACUUUUCAGAUCCAAGAGACCCUUCUGGUUUGUUCUGUUGAACCAAGUAGCUGUAAAAUAUGUCAUUCUACAGGAACACAGUGUGGUUCAUAAAGGGACUACAAGAAUACACAAAGUAAGAGUUGUUAAAAACUAACCUAGCUCUGAUUUAAAGGAACUUAAUGAACGUUUGGUUUUUGCGGGAUCGUUCAGUAUGUGGGUUGCAAUAUAAGUUACUCAUGCUGUAUUUAGAAAAAUACCAAUCAACAAUUUCCAUAUCAUUAAUUUGAUUAAUACACUUUAUAAUUGAUUUCAUUGGACAAAGCAGCGAUAAAAUAACACACAGCGUGUGUACCGUUUUAUUUGUCUCUGAAUACGUUUUUCUGAACGAUUUUUGACAGCAUAAGUAGGGACGUGGUAUGAUAACUCAAAACUAAAUGGCUUUGUGCUGUGCUUCAGUAAAACCACUUAACAUUACUGUACAAUGUUAGAAAUGUUCAGUAGAAUCAUGUAUAGGAGGUGACGGGUGAGUUGAUUGCGCAGAUGUCAGUAGGUGAGUGCAGACCAGAUUUUGGGUCUAGCAAGCUUUGUGCUAAUUUUUGAAGGAGCACAAAUAUGUAUUUCGGUGUAAGCAUUCGUAGAAAGUAUAUUGGUGUACAAACGAAGCUUUCUAAAGCAACAAAGCUUCCUUUCCAAACGUAUCGGAAAACGGUAUGUAACUACAAGCUUCACAACAGGGUGCACAGUAGCGGCACCUGGUGGUGAAAUAGAAGCAGACAUUAAUUUGGCAGGCGCUGGAUUUGUAUUGAAUCUGUCGGUUUAUGUCUUUUCUGUGAAAAUGUUUUUUGAGUAAAGUCCACUAGAAACACUAAAAAUGUUGCUUAAAUUUAUAAUUAUAUUAAAUAGUAAUAAUUACACUUUUGACCCCCGGAAAUUCUCUUUUGCCCACCUCAUCUUGCUGUCCAUGAUAUACAGACACAUACAUAGCUGAGAGCAAGCUUGGCAGCAAAGGGCAGUGACCCACAGCAACGCCCAUGGAGCUAGGGCUUAAGGGCCUUGCUCAAGGAGCCACAGACAUAUAACUAUUCUGCCAAAGUCGGGACUCAAACCAGCAACCUUCCGAUCACAGGCACAGAGGCUGAGCCACACACUAUAAUAAAUAUAAAAUAAUACACCCAAUGAGGCUAUUAUAAUAAAUUAUGCAUAUUUUGCUAUAAAAUUUUCACACACACACACACAAACAUAUAUAUAUUUAGUAUGUAUUAUUGUUCCACUGUUUAAGUAAUCAUUGAAACGAAAAAGAGAAGUGAAAGUGGUUGUGAACAGGGACAGUGAAGGUGUGCAAAGUAACCAGGUUCACCACUCAAACCUUUUUGUUAACAAUAUUAGUUCCACAGUGUUGGGACUAAGUUGAUUCCUCUUUUUAUUUAUAGCUUUGUUGUGUUCUGUAGAGCAAAUAUAUUUGUUAUGUGUAGAGUAAAGGUUGACAAAAUGACUAUUUUUUUGAGAUCCACUUCGUUUGACUCAUUCAAAUGAUUCUUUCUCAGUCAUUCACCAACUCCUUUAGCGGCAUCACUUGAAACACUUGAAAUAGCCUAUUAUUUAGAGUAAAUGGUGCUAAGUUAAUAGCUAAAUAGUGCUACAUUAAUGCUACUUAGUUAAUAGCUAAAUAGUGCUACAUUAAUAGUACUGAGUUAAUAGCUAAGUUAAUAGCUAAAUAGUGCUAUUAACUUAACUAAAUAGUCUCUUAAAAAUGCAAACGUAACGGCUUAUCACAUAGUCGGCUAACAUUAAGUCUAAGUCUAACGCUAAGAAUCCUUGGUUAAAAUCAUUUAAAAUUGUGACCAUGUAAAAUUCAACAGCAGCAUUCAAUAGCAGUCACUGCAUAGAUAAGCUAUAUAGUACAUCAGUAGAUUUAAAGCUCUCUCAUUCAGUCAUGACCUAGAAUUAACCUAUCAGAGUGUCAUUCACACACUCACUCACCAACUCAUUUACUCUUUCAAGAUCUCUCAUUCAGGACAAGAAGUAUGAACUAGGCUUUAAGACUCAUUUUCGUCAUGCAGUAGUUAGCAUGUAUGGUAUGAUGGUUGGAUGUGUGUGAAGUUUGUGUGUGUAUGUGCCCUGCAGUGGAGUGGCUUCCUGUCUACAGUUUAGCUUGUGCCUCUUGCUUUCAGGAAAAAGAUGGUUAGGGCUGGGUUGCAGUUGUGAUUAGAGUUUUCCCCAUAGAAAUGAAUGGAGAGUCACAAAGAUAUAGUUACAAUCCUGUGUGUGUGUGUGUGUGUGUGUGUGUGUGUGUGUGUGUAUAUAUUAGGGCAGUCCUUAAAAAUGAAAAUUUGAAAAUGCUACUUCUCACCCAUAAUUUUUUUUUGUAUAUAAGAAAACAUUUAAUGAAUUUUUGAUGACUUUUCAAAGAUGAUUAGAGGUUGCUCAAUCAACUUGAAUGGCGAAAGCCUCAUUUAGUCAUCCACCAUCAGUAAUACUCGUUAAUGUCUUGGGUCAUGUUGUGGUUAAUCUUUCUGAGCCAAAUCAGGAGUCAGAAGUCACUUGUGUAGAAUUUAAACGUCAGUAUCCACAAAUGGUCCAUCAAAGGCUGGACACCCUGCAGGAGUGUGUCCCUUACUGGAUCACAUUGAUAUCUAUGCACUGUUCGUAUCUCUUAUCAGGAUAUUCAUCACAGGGGACGUCCCAAGCAUCAUCUUUCUGGAGCAGCUGCUAUCAUUGUGCCUCCCCUUCCGGGGCUGAGACUCCUCACCCCUAGGGCAGAGACCCCAAAAACCAGCCAAGGACAUUGCGAUGGAGACCCAGGCAAGACUCCCAGAACUACCGUGAGAAUCCAGGUGUUUCUUCAAUAAUGAGCAGUAGCAGUCAUUGGAAGUUUUAGGUGGUCACAUGUUGCUUAGCUACAAAGUCAGAUAUUAAGAAAUAUGGUCGAAAUCACCCUUGAUGCUAAUCUGCAAAAAAAUUAUGUUCAGCACAUUUUUGCUAACAACCGAACGAAGGACCCGAGAGAUUAACAAGUAUUACAGAUGGUGGAUGACUAAACUAAGCUUUAGCCAGCUUGAAUAUUCGACCUUAGUGUUAGUUUAUUGAUCUUUGAUUACAAACUCCACUUUGUUUUGUUUUGACUUAUUUGUGAAAAAUGUUUUUUGGCAGCGAUGCAGUUAGGCCUAAAUAUUCUUUGUUGCUGUUUUUGACAAAGAUUGGCUGAAAUUUAAUAUAUUUUGAUAAUUUUCAAUUGCAGACUUUAAUCUUGUUGAGUAACCUCUAAACAUCGUAAAACUGUUUUGCCAGGAGUACUUUUUAAAAUAAACAUAAAAGACAUUUUAAAAUUUGACUCAUAGCCAAGGAACACCCUAAAUCAUAUUAACUGUAUUAUAAAUAAUAUAAUGAAAAUUGCGAAACAUACCUGAGGCUUCUGCAGUUACCACUGCGAUUCCUGCCACUGGCCUCUUUUCCAUUAUCACCAUGGAUCAGCAGUUUGCAAAUUGCUACCACAGCAGUGAUGUACGUCACACAGCGAGACACCCCUGUAGAGCCACCAUGCGUGAGACUCUUUUCUCACACCAGAACCCUUCUUGAACCAACUGCACCUUUCUUGUCCCCCCACCCUUUCUGAUUUAUGGGGGGCCGUAGAUUUUAAUCUGGAGCAAACAUGCAGGUGGAAGGAGAAGUAGUUUCUAUUCUAACAUUGACAUUUAGGUUCAGGUAGUAGUUAAUCCGGGGCGGCAUGGUGGUGCAGUGGUUAGCACUGUUGCCUCACACCUCUUGGACCUGGGUUCGAGUCUCCGCCUGGGUCACAUGUGUGUGGAGUUUGCACGUUCUCCCCAUGUUGUCAUGGGGUUUCCUCCGGGUACUCUGGUUUCCCCCCACAGUCCAAAAACAUGCUGAGGCUAAUUGGAGUUACUAAAUUGCCCAUAGGUGUGCAUGUGUCAUUGAAUGGUGUGUGAGUGUACCCUGCGAUGGGCUGCCCCCCCAUCCUAGGUUGUUCCCAUGCCCAUUGCUUCUGGGAUAGGCUCCGGGUGACCCGGUAGGAUAAGCGGUUUGGAAAAUGGAUGGAUGGAUAGUAGUUAAUCCCCAAGGGGAAAUUCUUGUGUUACAGUAACCAUGGUAGGAAUCAGUUUGUAUAAUACUAUGUAUUAUUUUAUAAUAAUAUAAUGUUACUGUUAUGGAACACACAAGCAUACGAAAUAACAACUUUCAAUCAUGAUUUACUAACGCUGCUCCCAUGCCAGAGGAAAACAUCCAAAUGAUUAUCAUACAUUUGCACAGAAGCGACCAUGUUUUAAUUUUAACUCACACACUCAAUAAAUGGUCGCAGUCUGGAACUCUGGGGAGGUCAUUGUGUCCUCUCUAACAUUAGUUGCGAGUGGAACUAGUCAAUCGUUUGCUCCAUCAUGGUAUCAGCAGCAUGUGAGUGUUUCUGCAGGGCGGGCUAUGAGGCUGCCGCCAAGCAUUUCGUUGCUGGGGAUCUGGACGUGAACAUGAGCGGUAGAUCCUUCAUGAUCACGGGUGGCAACAGCGGCAUUGGCAAAGCCACAGCCUGUGAGGUGGCCAGAAGAGGGGGGACUGUACACCUGGUUUGCAGAAACAGGGAGAGAGCGGAGGAAGCAAAGCAGGACAUUAUCCAGCAGUCUGGAAAUGAGAAUGUCCAUGUUCACCUGGUGGACAUCUCCAGCCCCAGGCAGGUGUGGCAGUUUGCGGAGAGCUUCAUGCAGAAGAACGUCUUACAUGUGCUGAUCAACAAUGCUGGCUGCAUGGUGAACCAGAGGGAGCUUCAGGAGGACGGGCUGGAGAAGAACUUUGCCACAAACACACUGGGCACCUACAUCCUGACCACAGCACUUAUCCCAGCAUUGACAAAAUCACAUGACCCACGGGUGAUCAUAGUGUCAUCUGGGGGCAUGCUUGUCCAGAAGCUGAACAUGAGCGACCUGCAGUUCGAGAAUGGUACCUUCGAUGGCACCAUGGCUUACGCCCAGAACAAAAGACAGCAGGUGAUCCUCUCGGAGCAGUGGGCCUUUAAGCACAAGGAGAUCCACUUCUCCUGCAUGCACCCAGGCUGGGCUGAUACUCCAGCGGUGCGAUCCUCCAUGCCUGAUUUCUAUGAGAAGAUGAAGGGCAGGCUGCGGACAGAGGCUCAGGGGGCAGAUACUGUGGUGUGGCUGGCUGUGUCAAAGGAGGCCAUCCAUCAUGCCAGCGGCUGCUUCUUCCAAGACCGGAAGCCGGUGUCCACGCACCUGCCCCUGGCCUCCACCAGGGCCUCCAAAGAGGAGGAGCAGCAGCUGCUGAUGGCCCUGGAGGAGCUGUCUCGCAAGUUCCAGCCAAGACCACAGCCAGCCCAGAGUGCAAGAGAUGCUGAAAACGCCAGUCGGGUUGCUUGCAGCAGUCAGCACAACGUGUAGCCUCUCAAAAAACUGGAAAGACGACCUCACCAGGAUCAAUGGAUGCCGACAGAAAGAUCCCACUUAUAUCGUUUGUAAACUGUAUAUAUCUAAUUUUGCUUUUCCUGCCCUCCUCUAGUACCUUUGGUGUUUAAGACCUUGACUGCACUGGAUGUGUGAUCUGAUCACUUUAUAUUAUACUGUUCCAACAAAAUACAUUUUAUAUUUAGA